GACACCACUUCCUGGGUCAAAAAAGAGAACCUACUGUAAUGAAAAGACGUGACGAUAUGACGAUGUCCAUCCACUUUCACUUGCUGAAUGAAUAUUAGAGGAAUAUCUACAAAGAUAGGUCGUAUAUGAGAGAAAACGAAAGAGAGCUCGCCCGCCCCAUCUCGGUCGCCCAGGCGCGGGGAGCAGCUGCAGAGCCAUGCCCGUGUCCUUGCUGUGGGCGGUGGACGUGCGUGGCCGCGUCUACCGCCUGUCGACGGGGGGGCAGCAGUGGGAGCAGUGCCAUGACACCAAGCUGGAGUUCAAGCGCGUCACCGCAGCGACGCAGUGUUGCUGGGGCAUCGCGUGCGACCACAACAUCUACCUGAACGUCCACGCCUCGGACCUGUCCAUCCGCUACCAGGAGGAGACCUACGAGAACCAGCGAUGGAAUCCCGUGGACGGAUUCUCCGAGCGCCUGUUGCCCAGCGACCGCUGGCAGUGGAGUGAUGUGGCGGGCCUGGUGCACCAGCCGCUGGACAGCUUCGACCUGCCCUCCAGCGGCUGGGAGUGGGAGGCCGACUGGUACGCCGACGAGAACUUUGAGGCCGAGCCCACCGAGAAAGGGGGCUGGACCUACGCCAUGGAUUUCCCGGCCACCUACACCAAGGACAAGAAGUGGAACUCCUGCGUGCGGCGCAGGCGCUGGCUGCGCUACAGAAGGUACAAGGCCAGAGACAGCUGGGCUAAGAUCCCCUCGGCGCAGUCGGCCCUCCCGGACCCCGUCAGCGACAUCAGCUGUGGGGGCUGGGAGAUCAGCGAGGAGCCCAGGGGCCGGCUCUCACUGUGGGCCGUGUCCCUGCAGGGCAAGGUGUGGUACCGGGAGGGCAUCCAGCACCAUAACCCCGAGGGCUCGUCCUGGACGGAGGUGCCGGUGCCCGGGGAGGUGGUGCAGAUCAGCUGUGGGCCGGGGGAGCUGGUGUGGGCCGUGCUGUGGGAGGGUCAGCUGGUCGUCAGGGAGGGCAUCGGCCGCGACUGCCCCAGCGGUACUGCCUGGACCGUAGUGGAUUCUCCCAGCACUGUGGGAGCCACCGGCGUGGCAGUAGGGGUCAAUGUGGUGUGGGCUGUAACCAAGGACAACAAGGUGUGGUUCAGGCGAGGUGUGAACUCCCACAACCCGUGUGGCACCGGCUGGAUCGGCAUGGUGGGGGAGAUGAUCAUGGUCAACGUGGGCCUCAACGACCAGGUGUGGGCCCUGGGCAGCGCCGAGCGGGGCCUGUACCAGCGGCAGGGCGUCACCGCCAGCGAGCUGAGCGGGAAGGCGUGGCGAGCUCUGAGCGCGCCCAGAGACAGCGAGCGCUCGCACUCCAGCGCCAGCACAAGCAGCCUCCACAGCGCCGGCUGUUUCUUCACCGGCGAGGUGCGCGGCCAAUCGGCGGCCAGCGACGCCGACUCUGACAUCGAGCGGGAGCGGGCGGCCUCGGGGGGCUCCCCCGUCCCAGCAACCUCAGACGCUCACGUGGGGGACCCCGGCCACGCCCCUGACCCCGCCCUAGACAACGCCCCCCUGCCCCCAUUGGCCUACCUCAGCGACGACGCCCCCCCGCCGAACGCCCGCAGCGUCCCCAAGGUGACCAGCGACAGCUUCAUCUCUGAGCUCCUCUCCGACCGGCCCGGGGCCGGGGGCCCCUCAGCCGCCGGGCUCCCCGCCCAGGAGGAGGACGGCCAGCCGGGGCCACCGCCCCCCCCCACCACCACCACCUCCUCCUGCGCUCCGGCGCCGGGCCUCUCCUCCAGCCAGUCCAGGGGCCCGCUCUGGAGCAACGUGGACCUGGAGGAGACCCAGAGCCAGCCGGACCCUGUGGUGGAGGGGGCCCCCGGCUGGGCGGGGCCGGACCGCGCAGACACCUGCAGCCUGUCGUCCGUGGUGACCUACUCCCUGGCCCUGGAGGAGGAGCCCUACGGGGAGGACGGACCCCCCAUGUGGGCCUGGGUCAGCGGCGGGGGCUGCGCCGUGGACUCCCACUCUCAGCUCAACUGGUUCAGCGGCCCCGGGGCCACUGGCGCGUUGGUCCAGUCGGUCCAGAGCAUGAGCCUGUCCAUCAGCCCGGGCCAGACGGCGGCCUGGCACCAGCAGAUCCUGGAGCAGCUGGGCCAGAGGUCCAAGAGAGAGAUGGAGAACUUCAAACACUAUGAGCAGGCUGUGGAGCAGUCGGUGUGGGUGAAGAAGGGCACCAUGCAGUGGUGGAGGGACUGGAAGCCCCACAAGUGGGUGGAUGUGCGCUUCGCCCUGGAGCAGUUCUCCGGCCCGGACGGCAACAAGGACGGCAUCCUCUUCCUCUACUACAACUUCAAUGAGGAGAAGAAGUACCUGCAUGCCUUUGUCAAUGAGGUGACCAUCUUCGUGCCAGUGCUGAAUGACGCUAAACACACGUUCGCCAUCUACACAGCAGAAAGGACCAAGCAGAGGUGGCCCAUCCGGUUGGCCGCCUCCACAGAGCUAGAGAUGCACGACUGGCUGGCUUUGUUGAGCGUGUCUUGCUGUGACUCCAGGGGGAUCCAGGGUCCCCCCUCCAAACAGGCCAUCUGGUCGGUCACCUGCAGGGGGGACAUCUUCGUCAGCGAGCCCAGCCCCGCCCUGGAGGCAUUGCCCUACCCCACCCCCUGCGAGCAAAUGUUCUGGCGGCAGGUGGGGGGGCACCUUCGCCUGGUGGAGGGCAACAGCGUAGGGGUGGUGUGGGGCAUCGGCUACGACCACACCGCCUGGGUGCACACCGGCGGAUACGGAGGCGGCAUCUUCCAGGGCCUGGCCAGCAGCACGGACAACAUCCACACCCAAACGGACGUCAAGAGCGUCUACAUCUAUGAGAACCAGCGGUGGAACCCGGUUUCAGGCUACACCAACAGAGGUCUUCCAACGGACCGAUACAUGUGGAGCGAUGCUUCUGGUCUGCAUGAGUGCACCAAGACACAUACCACAACCCCCUCCCCGCACUGGACAUGGGUGUCUGAUUGGGCGGUGGACUACGGUGUCUCCGAAGGGACAGACCGAGAGGGAUGGCAGUAUGCUGCAGAUUUCCCUGCGUCCUACCACGGCUAUAAGACCUUGAAGGACUUUGUGCGUAGGAGGCGAUGGGCCAGGAAGUGUAAACUGACCACCACAGGGCCAUGGCAGGAAGUCCCGCCCAUUGCUUUGAGUGACGUUAGCAUCCUCCCUUGUGCUGCUCAGAGCAGCGUGGAGGUGGUACCGUUGUGGGCCAUCAGCAACAAGGGAGACGUGUUGUGUCGACUUGGGGUCACCACGCUGACACCUGCCGGGUCGUCAUGGCUACACGUGGGAACGGACCAGGCCUUCAAGUCAGUCUCCAUCGGAGGGGCCAGCCAGGUGUGGGCCAUCGCCAGGGACGGCUCCGUCUUCUUCAGGGGUUCUGUGUCCACCUGCAAUCCUGCAGGAGAGUGCUGGUACCACAUCCCUUCGCCGCCAAAACAGAAGUUGAAGCAGGUCUCAGUAGGAAGGACCUCCAUCUGCGCUGUGGAUGAAAACGGUAACCUGUGGUACCGUAAGGACGUGACUCCCAGCUACCCCCAGGGAUCCUCCUGGGAGCACAUCUCUGACAACGUCCGCAAGGUCUCCGUCGGCCCUCUGGAUCAGGUGUGGAUCAUCGCCGACAAGGUGCAGGGCAGCCACGGUCUGAGCUGUGGGACGGUGUGCCAUCGGCUGGGAGUCCAGCCCCUGGACCCCAAAGGACAGUCCUGGGACUACGGCAUAGGGGGUGGAUGGGACCACGUCUCCAUCAGAGGGAACUCCAUGGAUCCGCCGCGGAUCUGCCUACCCUCUCUAACAGACCAAUCAGUGCCCGCUCGUGGCGUUCCACAUCCCGCCCAAGACCCAGAGGGAGCCAAUGGCAGCGCUGGGGGAUGCUAGCCAAGCAAAGGACGCGAGAAACCGGACAGGAGCGCUGCCAAUACCCCCCUCUCCAUGGAUGUUGUUCAACAACGUAGGGUUAUGCUUUAAAACAUUCCACAGUGCAAAUAUUUGGCUGUAGUUUAUUAUUCUCAGCUGUUCCUUCCCCAACUCAAAACUGUUUAAGCUACUACUUCAAAUCUCACGGUUGAAGUAAGAUGGUUGAAAGAGAGAGGGAAUAACCUACAUGGUCAGCGAAGAUGCAAUGUACUUUAUACACUUGGGAUUUAACUCAAGAUUAUGUGCUGGAAAGUUUCCCCGUUAUUAAGUGGUUGUAACCCGCUUAUAAUCCCAGUUCUUAUUUUUGCUAUUUUUUUAUUUUAGUUGUAAAUCUUUCUUAGGACCUUUUGACCACUAUCAUAAGCCAAAAGUUGCAUUGUUGUCGAACUAACCCUGUCUUAAUGUAUAUUUAAUACGUUUAUUUAUGUGUUUGUGGUUAUUGAGAACGAGGCUGCCUAGGGAAUAGGGGAAAGUUUUAUGGAGCGGAAGCUUGAAUGUAGAUGUGAACAAUUUACUUUAAUAGGGACUUUGGCGUCUAAACUGCCCGUAAUAGCAGCUGCUAUUUUACACACACUGAAGAAGAUGCUUUAAGUCACAACAAUGUUGUUUAACCCCACUGAAUGGAUGAGAUAAUGCUACAUUUCUAGGGUCCCCCUGACCUCAUGUUCGACAAAGCUUGUAUGCUAUGUUUCCCCAGACCACCUUCCUGCUGCAGAUCACCUAUUGGUCACAUUUCAGUUCAAAUGUGUCAGGAAAUGUGCAGUCGUCCUCCAUCAAUAAGAUACAAUGGACCCUUCUGCCAUGGAGUGGGAGGGAUCACAGGGGGUGGAUAGUUGUUUUAUUUCUUAAGACGGGAGUGUUGAUCUCGUGGUACAUCCCUUUUCUCAGGAAAAAAAAUAGUGAUGUAAUGCAUGAAAGAAAAACGUAAUUCCACGCUUGCUUUAAGAAAAAAAUGAAAUAAAAGCAAGAGUGGAAUGACUGAGAAGGACGCAAGUCUUUUUCCCUUAUCUGUAUAAUAUUGGUGUUGAUUAUCAUGUCAUAACGUCCUGCUGAUACGUCCCGAUGGAAUUAUGUAUAUUUAUCAGGAGUAUGAAAAUGAGAGGAAUAUUCAAAAAUCACUUUUAGACAGACAUUACAACCACUUGUAUCACUAAAAGCGUUAGUUUAUGUAAAGAAGAUAGGCUAUCUGUGAAUAAAUUAGGACAAUAUGGCCAGACAUGAUUAGCGUGUCGUUGAUAAGGUAACUACAGUACAUUGACGGUUAACCGAUAGCUCAGCUGAAACGACCGACAUGCUACUCUUUGGCAAGUGCAUUCUCCAUUUCUCUGCUGUGCAUGGUGAAUAACUAGCUCUUUGUCAAUAAAUAAACGUGUUUAUUGAUAAAAAAAAAAACAUUCUCAAAAUCCUUUGGUUUUCAAGGUACUUCAUUGUAAUUCAUUAGUUUUGUUUUUUUUUGGGGGGGGGAAUAAAAUU